UGCUUAGAACCACGGCACUUUGCUACUCCGUCCUCCCACCAUUCACACUUCACCCUUCACCCUUCUACCCUCGAUCUAGCGAGCCACCUUUGCGACCGAGACACCACCUCUACUCGAACCCCGUCCUCGACCAGAGCUAUACCGCAGCGUAUUCCUUGCCUUGUCGCCUGGACACGCUUACGUACCAUCUCCCAAAACCUCACCUACAUCGGUGCUGGAAGCACGCUCGGCCUCCCCCAAGACUCGCCAUAGGACGCUCGACGGCGCAGGCACGCUCGCAGUUUGCCCACCAUGUCUCAACAAGCUCUUUUCGCAGACACUAUAAUAGCCAUGAAGAAGGCCAUGAAGCGGAGAGCAUACGAAUCCGAAGACUCAGACGACGAUAUCAACUACAGAGGCAAUCGCGGCCAAAAGCUCAACAAGAGGGCUCGCUUUGCGCGCGAAGGCCAAUUAGCCCCGGGCUCAGGGCCAGAAGUUUACAAAGAGGUCGUCGAGCAUGCCGGCUACACACGCGCAAUCAUAAGCCGGAACCCUCCUUUGGUAGACGACGAGGGCUACGAACCCGAGAGCGACGACGAAGACUACGAGCAGCGCAUGCAAGAUAUCGUAGAGACAGCCGCCCAGUUCAACCCGUACGCAAAUGUGCGGCUCGAGAAUAUUCUGGCACCACUCACUGCUGUCACCGAGCUUCCUUCGCAUCCAACCCUCUCGCGCCCAUAUACCUCGAGAACCCUGGUCGAUCUGACAAUACAAGCCCGCGACAUCAUGUACAAGGAGAACACUGCCCUAUGGAACAUCAAGCACCUGCACACAAAACUCGUCGGAGAUCACAUCUGGGUGCCGACCGAGAUGAUGGAGACACCCAACGACAUUCACUUCUUCCAAGAGCCCGCACUCCCGAACGGGCUGAGCCUUGGUCAGCCAUCUGUCAAGUCCGAUGCUAGUAUGCUCCUUUUGGACGCCGCCCCCGCCGCGAGCACCCACGGCCAACCGUCCACGAACGGUGAAGAAACUUCUGUUUCCAACAAGGAUGUGACGAUAGACGAGGAGACUGCGGCGGACGACGAGUCGAAACCCAGCGCAGGAGAGGACAUGAACCGAGAAGGCGACCACGUGGACAGUGAUUCCAAAAUGGAGGAGGCUAGCGGGACAUCCGAAGUCGAGAUUAAGAAGCCGAAAACGAGCUCAAAAAAACCAUUGACCAACGGUGCUCUAAGAAAAGCGGAACAGAAUGGGGUGUCUAGUCAUGACCACGCACUGCAAAGAACAAUGAACGGCAGUGAGAUCAACCUACCAGGAAGCGCCCCCAUGUCGAUAGCCUCUGUGGAUGGACUAGACGACAUGUUCAUACAUCCCAUAUUCUUGGCACCAAAAUCAUCCAAGCCAGAACGCGACUUGAGCAUACCAGAGCAGGAAGCUGAGGACCUUCGGCGACUACUGCAGGCCUAUUGCCAGAAGCAGGAAGAGGUAUGCCGAGGCACGAAGCGACUACACGAGGGUCUGCUGCGAGCUGAACGAUUACGGAAAACGGUUAUUCAAUGGUCCAAGUACGAGGCGCACGUCGGACCGAACCGGGACAUGUCCGACGGCGAGGACUGGUAUGACAAAGAAGAAUGGGGCCUCGAGGAGGAUUUGAAGAAGGGCGCAGAUGAAGAGGAAGAAGACACCACAACACAGCCAAAGAAGACUCGGGCCAGGAAGUAGGGCUGCCGCCGGGGUCGCUCUCGGCUCGCAAGAUCUGGACAGACAUUGAAAUGAUGGGAAUGAACAAAGGCGUUUUUGUUUUUGUUUUUGUUUUGUGGCAUGGGAUGGGAUGGGAUGGAACUGAUUGAUUGAGCAUAUAGUGCGUGUGUGCGUGUGUGCGCCGGCGUUAUCGGCAUCCAAAAAUACCCGGGAACUUGUUUGGAUUUGUGCCAACAAAUAAACCCCCAACAUGAUCAGGAUGAUCAAUUCAAGAUAACUUUUACGCAGCACUCGCUAUCCUUCCGCAGCUGAUUUCGGCCUUUUGGGCAGUGCAAGAAAGUGCUUACAAGCAGUAUGACAUCAGCCACGGGUAUCGAGUUCCAUAUGAUCAAUCUAUUACCUACUCAGACAUGUCAGUCAGCAGCACAAGGCUUG